AGGUGGAGCCAAGAGAGGAAACGAAACAGAUACAGCCACGAUCUAAGAACAGUGAAGCCAGUAGAAGUAUUCACAAGACAGGGGAAAAUAAGAUGAUCAAGUGAGAAAUGGAGGAAUAAAAGAUGGCAGCUAUGAAUCGGAGCCCACCUAUAGAAGUGCCCCAGAGAGGGUUGGCAGAUUCUGAAAUGACAGUUAAUAAACACCAAGCUGAUCCUGUGGAUGAGAACAUAAAACCGAAUUCGCCUGUAUCAAGCUGCGUGUCAAUGAAAAGUGACCAUUCAAUGAACCCUCCAGUGAAGUUUCUGGAAGAAUCAUCAAGCAUUCCCAGCAUAAAACCGAAUUCGCCUGUAUCAAGCUGCGUGUCAAUGAAAAGUGACCAUUCAAUGAACCCUCCAGUGAAGUUUCUGGAAGAAUCAUCAAGCAUUCCCAGCAUAAAACCGAAUUCGCCUGUAUCAAGCUGCGUGUCAAUGAAAAGUGACCAUUCAAUGAACCCUCCAGUGAAGUUUCUGGAAGAAUCAUCAAGCAUUCCCAGCAUAAAACCGACUUCUCCUGUAUUGAGCUGCGUGUCAAUGAAAAGUGACCAUUCAAUGAACCCUCCAGUGAAGUUUCUGGAAGAAUCAUCAAGCAUUCCCAGGGUAAAACCAGCUUCAUCUGUACCGAGCUGUCUGUCGAUGAAAAGUGACAAUUCAAUGGACCCUCCACUGAAGUUUCAAAGUGAAACAUCACAAGUGCCUGGGGUAAAACCAGCUUCACCUGUACCGAGCUGUCUGUCGAUGAAAAGUGACAAUUCAAUGAACCCUCCACUGAAGUUUCAAAGUGAAACAUCACAAGUGCCUGGGACAAUCCAGCAGAAGAGAUCACAUACAUCAGCACCCAGCUUUGCGUCUCUCAAAAGUGACUGGUCUAUGGACCGACCAGGCUCUUUCUGCAAAACUUCUGGGCACAGAAAUAGAACCAAGAAUCAACCAAGAAAUCCAAGGAUAAAUGUAACUGGCAUUGCCGAAAGCAUGAUUUACUCUGCUCAUGACUCUCAAAAGUGCUCAACCUUACCUGACAAAGAAUUAUGCACAAAAUUAAAAUCCAGCCUGAAGAAUCGAUUCCAGCGGUUGUCUGAUGGACUACAAAGAGAUGGAUUUUCAACACUUCUCAAUGACAUCUACACAGAGCUUUACAUUACAGAGGGAGGAAGUGGAGAAGUGAAUAAUGAACACGAGGUGAGACAGAUUGAGACAGCAUCAAGGAUUCACCAGUCAGCAGACGACAAGCCAAUCAAAUGCAACGACAUCUUUAAGCCCUUACAAGGACAAGAUAGAUUCAUUAGGUCUGUGCUGACAAAAGGAGUUGCUGGCAUUGGAAAAACAGUCUCUGUGCAGAAAUUCAUUCUGGACUGGGCUGAAGGCACAGCAAAUCAGGAUGUCCACUUCAUAUUCCCACUUCCCUUCAGGGAGCUUAACUUGCUGAAGAACCAGCACUUCAGUCUAGAGGAUCUGGUUCACCAUUUCUUUCCACAGCUAAAAGAAAUCAAGUUUACCAAUGUUACCACACACAACACUGUGUUCAUCUUUGACGGUCUGGAUGAACAUCGUUUAUCCCUGGAUUUUCGAAACAGUAGGGUUGUAAGUGAGGUAAACAUCCCUACCUCAGUUGAUGUUUUACUGACAAACCUCAUCAAGGGGUAUCUUCUUCCUUCUGCACUCAUAUGGAUAACCUCCAGACCAGCAGCAGCUGGUCAAAUUCCUCAUGAAUGGAUAAGUCAGAUCACUGAGAUCCGAGGAUUUAAUGACCCUCAAAAGGAAGAGUACUUAAGGAAAAACAUCAAAGACGAAAGCCUGGCCAAUGAUGUCAUCAAACAUCUGAAGCUGUCAAGGAGCCUCUACAUCAUGUGCCACAUACCGGUGUUUUGUUGGAUUUCAGCAACUGUUCUGGAGAAGAUGUUAAAAGAAGCAGAAGGCAAAGCAAUUCCCAAGACUCUGACUCAAAUGUACACACAUUUUCUGAUAAUUCAGACUUGCAUUAGAAAGGAAAAGUAUAAUGAGACUCAGAGAGAUGACAGAGAGAUGAUUAUCAAAUUAGGAGAGCUCGCCUUCAAACAGUUGCUAAAGGGCAAUUUGAUCUUCUACGAGGAAGACCUGAAAGAGUGUGGGAUCAAUGUCAAGGAUGCAGUCCUGUACUCAGGAAUUUGCACACGAAUCUUCAGAGAGGACAUUGAUCUUCUCCAUAGUAAAGGAAAGGUCUUCUGCUUCGUACACUUAAGCAUCCAAGAACAUCUUGCAGCUUUGUAUGUGCACAUAACCUUCAGCAAAGGGGACAAAACUGUGCUUAACCAAUGGAAACCAACAAAGUGCGCCACUACAUUUCCAUGCUUGUCCCUCACUGACCUCCACAAGAGUGCUGUGGACAAAGCCUUGCAAAGUAAAAGUGGGCAGUUUGACCUGUUCCUCCGCUUCCUUCUUGGCAUCUCUCAGGAAAGCAACCAGGCUCUACUGCAAGUGCUGUUGCCACACAUAUCAGCAUGCAGUUCCCAAAGUGUUCAAGACACAAUCGAGUACAUCAAGAUCCGGCUCAGGGUGCGCCUUAAUCCAGAGAAGUAUAUCAACCUUUUUCACUGCCUAAAUGAACUCAAUGACUUUUCUCUAGAGGAGGAGAUACAAAACUUCCAGAGAUCCAGGCGCCUUGCCAAGACCAAGCUCUCCCCUUCACAGUGGUCUGCUCUGGUGUUUGUUUUGCUGACCUCAGGAAAUGCACUAGAUGUCUUUGACCUGAGGAAAUACAGCAUGGACAAUACAGAUGAGUGCCUUCAGAGAAUGCUGCCUGUUGUGAUGGUGUCCAGAACAGCUGAAGUCAGAAACUGUAACCUCUCAGACAAAGGCUUUCAAGCUCUGACCUCAGCCCUCAGCUCAAAGUCUUCAAUACUUAGAGAACUGAAACUCAGUGGUAAUGGUUUGCAUCAGUCUGGCAUAAGAAUUCUUUCUGAAGGUCUUCAAAGUCCACACUGUAAACUGGAAAUUCUGGAGUUGUCUGAUUGUGCUAUUCAAGCCGAAGACUGCAGGUCCCUUUUCUCAGCUCUUAAUUUAAAUCCUUCACACCUGAGAGAGCUUGACCUGAGCUUCAAUUCCCUGGGUGAAUAUGGAAUAUUCUUCCUCUCUGACUCUCUGCAGAAUCCACACUGUAGGCUGGAGACAUUAAAGCUUUGCAGCUCUCAACUAAACAGCCAAAGCUGUGCUCCCCUGGCUGCAGCGCUGAACAAUAACUCCAGCUUGAUUGAGUUAGAUUUGAGUAAAAAUGCUAUUAAGUACUACGGAGCACAACAUCUCUCUAAUGGCCUCAGGAAUCCUUCCUGUAAACUGAGAGUUCUAAGCCUAGCAGACUGUGGCAUCAACAAUAACGGCUGCCGCUCACUGUGUAACGCUCUAAAUUCAAAUCCCUCUCACCUGAGUGAGCUGUGUCUGAACAGGAAUCCACUUGGGGACAGUGGAGUACAGCACAUCUCCGAUUUUCUAAGCAAGCCAUGCUGUAAGCUGGAGAAGCUAAGUCUGUCAUACUGUUCUGUCACUGAAAGUGGUUGUACUGCCCUGGCCUUGGCUCUCACACUGAACCCAUCACACCUCAAAGAGCUGGAACUAACUGGGAACCAGCCAGGGACAUCUGGACGGAAAAAUCUUUCGGCUCUACAACAGCAUAAAGACUACAGACUGGAAAAAUUAAAGUUAUAGAAGACUAUAAACUCCUGGCAUGAGUCACUGGAAUGCACAGUACGAAAAAUCAAAUAAUGCAUGAGGAAGUGUGGAAGGUGAAUGACUACUCACACUGGGCAUGGUGGUCUACAGUACACUACUCUUUGUCUUUCACCUGAGGAAGUACUAUGCAAUGCACAUGGGUGUCUUUUGAGAUGCUGUUGUGAUAGCAUCAAGAACAGCUGAGUAAGACUGUGUGUGUGUGGAAAGAUGUUGAAUGUACUAUCUGUGAUGAAGGACCCAAUCAAAUGUAACAAUUACAUUUUAAGCAACAUUGAAAAAAAAAAAACAUACACAUGCAAACAUCUGUUCUUUCUUGGUCUCUCUUUGGUUUCAUUCUCUUCUCUUCGUGUCUGGAACAUGUUUGCAUGAACUAGUAUUUUAUGACAGGCUUUGUAUUUUCAUAUUGAUGUGGGUGUUUUGUUAAAAGCUACAAUAUACACAAAAAUAUUAUAUCGGCUAUCACAGAUUUCUCAAGCCAGAUAUAAACUCACUGCUGCAAAAAGCAUUCACUUGUAAUACUUGUAAUAACUUUGUGAAACAUUCAUUUUAAGUCUGCGAAUGUUAAAAAAAAAAACGUAAUAACCCUUUUAAUUCUUUCUUCCCCACUUGUUUAGAACUUUCUACUUGUCAUGCUAUCAAAUUCUCCAAAUCCACUGCAGAAUCUUACCUCUUGCAGGCAGAAUAUCUUUUGUCACCAGUUGCAGUUUUAAAAAAACAUGAUAUUACAAGACAUGUGGUGAUAACCAGUUAAAUGUUAAAUAAUAUAUCUUGGUGCAUGCAUUGGAAAAAGCAAUGACCCUAGAACAGAGCCUUGUGGAACACUAAACUUUAAUUUUGUAUACAUAAAGAGAUUCGCCGUUAGCAUUUACAACUGAUAAUGGACAGUCUCAGGUUUUAAAAUGCAUAGUAUUGUUAUCAUGGUAACUCAAAAUAUUCUCACUACAUUCAAAAGGAUGUUAUUUAUGCAGUGUUUGCACUCCCCACAGUGAAGCAUGCUGGUGGUAGUAUCAUGUUUGGAGUUACCCAUGGCUUCUUGGUUGCCUCUUUAUUGACUAAUGCCCUUCCUCUCGGUGCAGUUGUGCAAUAUUCUUUUCAUAUUUAAUAAUGGAGUCAAUAGUGUUUUAAGGGAUGUUAAAGGUUUGGAGUGUUCUUUAUAACCAAACCAUGAUUGAUACUUACCCAAAGUGUUGUCACUGACUCCUUUUGAUAGCUUCUGGAUCGGUAUGAUGAUGAUGUAUGUUUAAUUAUGUUCUCUAACAAAAUCUGCUGCCUUCCGUUUGUAGUAGUUAUAUAAGCCAUGGCAUAAAAGAUAACCAAUUUAUUAUUCAACAUAGAUUAUUUUAAUGGUUUAAAUGAUACAUUUAGGGGUUCUUUAAAGGCCAUUCUUCAUGAUGAAUGGCCUGGUAUCCCACUAUAUACUAUACAGGAUUUGUAUGACAUCAUUGUUUGAGUCCAGAAGCUAUUCUGAUCACAAAGUGACCUUUCUCUUUAAUUGAUAUAGUUGCACUGGUACCUUUCCGUUAUUUUGUAAGUCCAAUGUAUGUGAACAAAAAGGGGACUAUCACUCUAUUUGUACUAUGUCUCUGGUGUUUGUCUAAUAUGUGCAGUAUGUUUUGUAUUAUUUUUGCCCAUUUUUAAUUAUAUUUCUAAAAAAGUAAAUAAACUAAUAAAAUAUUCUGAACAAAAAAA